AAGCCCCGCCUCUUGAGGUAUUACAUUGCUAGGCUAACCAACAUUCAAUCAGUUUAUAUUUCUCUGGGAGGAACUGAAGUGUGUGAAUGCUUGGGGGAUGAACUUUCCCACAAACCUCAGUCAAACGUUUAUCAGUCUCUUUGUCAAAUUUACAUGGUCCAAAGAAAAAACACAAUGCGAUUGAGAAGAAAUACAAAGCGAUGCCAUAUCAUGUCUUCUAAUGCCCCGCAAUUCACAUAAGAAGAGACUGCUGAACCCAAACAAAUCUCAGCUGUUGUUCAUAGAGGCGCCCAUCAGUGGACCAAAGCACGAGUAUGGACCACAACUACGGAGUGCCGUUCAUCCCAAGUCAUUUAUAUCAGAGAAACAACAGCGAAGUGGUGCACCAUGUACCUCUUGGGUGUCUUCACAGUUUAAUUCGCUCGAAACCACAACGGUUAGUCGAGGUGGUCGAGGGAGGAGAAAUAACCAGAUGGCUACGAGGAUCUCAAACAAGGCACCAGUUUUGGGUUUCCCUCAGACUAGAAGAGCAAAUAGCUGCAAAUAUAUUCCCUUGUCCUUUGAGGCAACCACAGCAGGUUCACAAUACCAGCGUGAAAACUUUAGUAGUUCACGGACAAAGAAUGAUAGGCUUGUUUCUUCGGACAGUCAUAGCAAGGAGCUUCGAGAAACUCCAAGAAGAACUCGUUUUCCUCAAAAAGGGGUGGAGAGGAGGAUGGCUGCACAUGUUAUAUCCACCUCCAGGCGUUCAGAAGUUUCAAAGAACGUGCAAUUCCACAAAAAUGGAACGACUAGGGAUUCAGUUCAAACACCGAACACAAGCUCGGUUCCCGAACCCCCGAAUGUAGAGACGCCUGAAAUGCCACAUUGUUCCAGCACGUCUCCAUCCAAUGUUCAACAUCUCCUCUUCCCCCCAAACCAAGCAAAAACUCCUCCGAGAACUGAGAACUCAAGCGUCCUUGUGAAGGACACGCCUGAGAAAGACUACGGGCUGAGGGUAACAUGGAGACGGAGGAAAGGACUGAUGAAAUUGUUGAUUGACAGAGGUCAGCUUCUUCCAGCAGAUGCUGGAGUUGCCAGUGAUUGGACUUAAACCAUAAAUUAACAGAUAUAGCAAUAAUUUGAUUCGUUUUGUAGUUUUCUGUUCAAUAUGGAUUUGAAAAGUUUUGGGAAAUUGUACAAUUGAGAAAAUUUAAUAUAUGAACACUUCAAGAGAGAAGAAUUAAAGAUGUAAUUUUGAUGUCCCCAGCCUUAUUUAAUGGAAGCACCUUUGUACUCUGGACAUCAAUGAAUUAUGUACUUAAAUAUUAAAUGCACAUAUCUGUCAAAUAUGCCUUCAUUCACAAUAUUUGUAUUUAUGUAUUCAUUUUUAACCAAAGGGAGUUUGUGUACAUUU